AUGGAAAUGGGUGGUUCAACUGGUUGUUUUCGUUCUCGUCUUCCACCAUUAUUAACAACAAAAGAAAUUUCAAAUUUAUCAUUAAAAAGUAAUUUAAGUGUAGAAGAUAUUCAACAAUGGUAUUCAUCAUUUGUUCAUUGUUAUCCUCAUGGAUAUUUAUCUCGAAAUGAAUUUAUUGUUUAUUAUCAACAAUUAAAAGAUGAAUCGAAUGUUCAAUUAAGACCAUUAAUUGAAAAAUUAUUUGAAGUAUUUGAUUUAAAUAAUGAUAAUAAAUUAGAUUUUCAUGAAUUUGUUUUACUUAAUGUUUUAAGUUCAAAUGGAUCAAUAAAUGAAAAAAUGAAAUUAAUAUUUCGUCUUUAUGAAAAAGAAAAAGAAAAAUUACUUUCACGUGAUGAAAUAAAAGAUUUUUUAAGAAAUAUGUUUUAUAUAUUUGAUAUUCCAUCAUCGAAAUUUAAUCUAAAUCAAGUUAUUAAUAUUGUUUUUAAAACAAAUAAUAUUAAUCGAGAUGAAAAAAUUUAUUGGAAACAAUUUACUGAAGAUAUUCUUAAUGAUCAAGCUUUAUUUAAACAAUUAAUUUCUUUAGAUUAUUAUCAUGAUUAUCAAUUUGUUCAAAGAUCAGAAAGAUUUUAA